AUGGCUCGCGGCAACCAGCGUGAAAAGGCGCGCGAGAAGAACCUCAAGGCCCAGGCUUCUCAGAAAUCAAAGAACGCCAAGAGCGGGACUGAGAUGCAACGCGACAAGGAAGCUGUCGCCGAGAUGAUGCGCAAGAAGCAAGCUGCUGCCGACGCGAAGAGGGCAGCCGCCGCUGCUGGCGGAAAGUAA